UCCCAUUUUUGGGCCAGAGUCUUUUCUGUCAGUGUAGGAACAGGGUUCUUCUUCCGUAUUCAUGAAAGGGAGGGACAAGAUAACCGACUGGAACAGAGUUUUCAGAGGAAUGGCUGGAAGAAAAGUUUCUGAUUUGAGAUAAAGAUUGUCCUACUGAUGACCUCCAAAGUCAAAGGAAACUGACAUCUUAGGAGGGUGGGGAAACUGUCAGCACAACACAGAAAGGAAACAGGAUUUUGUGUGCGUGUGUGUGUGUGUGUGUGUGUGUGUGAGUGAGUGAGUGAGUGAGUGAGUGUAUGUACGUGGGGGAGUGUACAGUAUGUGCAACAACAUGAGCAAGAAUGAGAGGAGUUUAAAAGCAUAAGUAAGAGCCAUUCUAAUGAUAAAGAGGCUGUGAAAAUUUUCCUCAAACAAAAUGAGGCUAUAAACCCAUACCAUCCACUUCAAGAAGCCGCUGGCCAAAAGGACAGCGCCUCCUCCUCCUCCUCCCUCUGACCGUUUGGCCAGGUGGCACCAAGUUAGAACCAGCAGCCAACAUGCUGCAGCAGAUCUUAAAGGACAUGUACAUCGACCCCGAUGUGCUCAAUGCUCUCAACGAGGACCAGAAAAAGACCCUGUUCCUGAAAAUGCGCCAGGAGCAGGUGCGACGCUGGAAGGAGCGGGAGGAGAAACUGGAGAGGGAAGGAGGGGAUGCAGAGUGCAAGCGAACGAAGCCAAAAAAAGCCAACAGUAAGAAUGUGAGCUGGCUGCUUGGCCGGGAUGGAGAUGUGGCGGUCAUUGUGAUCGGGGAGGUGGAUGAGCUGAGCUCCAAAUUCAUCUGCUCAGGAUUUGGAGAAAAGAAGUCGCCGAGUCUUCAGAACAACACAUAUCUUCAAACUAUCUUGAAAAGCAGAAAAACCACAGAACCUGUCAGAACUGAGAGAGAGAACCUCCUUCCUAAAAUGCAACCUGGCAUCUCACUGAAUUUAAAGGGGAAAUGUGAGGAGACGAGCACUUUACUCCCUCUGCCGGUGUCAGUGAGUGAGCAUUCAUCACCUCCAGCAGCAGCAGCAGCAGCAGCAGCAGCAGAAAAGCCCGAGCCGAAGUCAGCCGGCGCGACUGAGGAGAAGUCGCUCCCCCAGCCCUCCAUCUGCUCCAGGCCUCCCACGAGAGUUUGCCCUGUCAACGUGAGACCAGCUUCUGCAAAUGCAGCGCCGGGCUCUGUCAACACGAGACUGGCCCUCGCAAAUCUGAGGCUCACCGCCACCACUGCCACCGCCUCCGCCGCAGCGCCACACUCGUCCCCCAGCAGCACUGUCAAAAUAGAGUCUGGAACAACGAAGGUUACCAAGGGUGGCCCACGCUCAGAGGAACCUCAGAAGCCCCAGGGAUCACAGGGUGGGAACGAUAUUGGUGCAUCAGAAGCGUCUCUGAAGGCCGCCUCCGGAGAGGCUGGGUCAUCAGGGAACACACCGACGUGCGCAGGGCGCGGCCGGGUGGCUCAGCUGAUGAAAACCUUCAGCGCUGAGAGCGCCACGACCCCCUCGCAGACCCCGCCUCGUGGUGUCAAGCCCCCUCUCCCCACCAAGCCCAGCCACUUGCGUCUGACGACAACACCCACUGUCAGGUAAUCCAUAUGCACACGCCGCUGGGCAGACGCACGCCCAAGUUUCACCUGGCAUCCACGUAAUUUAAAGGAAGCUGGCUUAUUGAGAAGCAUCAACCAACAGCCUGAUGGGAUGGAGGACACUGAAGGUGGCUCUCAGAGAUGGAAAUGCUCACAAUGUUGACAUCACAACCAAAGCUUGAGCAGUGGCAAUGCUUGAAUGUAAUGGUUCUUUUGUUGUUGGAUGCUGCAGCACUGUAAACAGUCUUCGUGGGAAAGAAAUUCCAAAACAAUUGAUUGCAAUUUAAUAUUCGUUUUGUUUGACAAACAAUUCUUCUACCUUUUAUGUAUUUGCCAGGGAAUUGAUGACUAUCACAUGUAUUCACUUGUUGUUGAUUCUUUCCACUUUGUGUAACAUGUGGAAAAGCACACCAUCAUCCUAACACACGGUUUUUAGCCCAAUUCACAAAGCCUGCGCACACAAUGUUGUUUACUUAUGAAUUCCAUUAUUUUCAUCUAUUAUGAGACAGUUUGCAUCAGCUCAUGUGCAGUGUUUUCCUGCUAAUUUCUGUCUUCUCGAACGAAAAGCUGGACACGGGCAAGCAGAACGGGGGUGAAAUAAGGUACAGUAGGGUCCUCCUUCAUCUUGCUGUCUCCUCCCUGGGAAUAGUGUAGGGUUGUUUAUUUGUCACAAUGCAAUGUAUGUCUCCCCCCUGCCACCUGGCAGGAGCCUCACUGCGACCUGUUGUGGACCAAUGACAGUGCCAAAUGCCUCAUCUGUCACUCCCAGUGGAUCAAAUCCUGGCAAGUUAGACAGUAGCUGCCAAAUAAUCCAGCUCGGUGUUACUCUUCUCCUGUUCUUUCAGUACUAUUUUAGAGAUUUGUGGUUGUAUUUUGUUUUGUUUUGUUUUUUCUUUUGUACAUUUUCUAUAGGGAGACAGAUGUUUUGUAAUGGGAUAUUUAACGCUACUACAGUGCUCACUUGUAAAAUGAGAGUCAAGUUUGUAUGGUGAAAUCAAAGAAACAAUAAAAUUGUGUAAAUUGUACAA